AUGGUGCAUACCAAGGCAGCCGAAUCCUCGCAGGACUCGGUGAGCAUCCUGAGGCAGUAUACGGCCUGUGACAUUUCGGAUGCGCUGCUUCGCCUGAAGGUGCCUGGUGCCGGGUUUCUUGCCGACGUCGAUCCUUACAGCCAACCAGAGGCAACCGACGCCACCGUAACUAUUGCUCCGGCGUCGACUGUGUUGUUUGCUCCCAAGGGCGUAACGUUGGAAAACCCGCCCAAGAACGUUCCUUCCGAUACCAACUGGUCUGACAUUACCGAACCUGGUACAAUUGUGAUCCUGAAGCAGCCCGAUGGCCAGAGGAAUGCUGUAUGCGGCGGCAUCAUGGCGCUUCGCAUGAAAGUGCGUGGCGCAAAGGGCAUUGUGACCAUUGGAAGGAUUAGAGAUCUUGAAGAGCUAAGGAGUACUGGUUUGCCGAUAUGGGCCAGAGGACGGUCGACGGUGGGAGCUGGGGCUGGGAGUGUCCCAUGGGCAGUACAGGUACCUCUCGAGGUAGACGGUACUAUUAUCAACCCUGGUGACCUUGUAUUCUGCGACCCCGCCAACGGCGUUGUGGUUAUCCCACAGGGUAAGGUCGGCGAUGUCGUCGACCUGCUGCCCAAGCUUACUGCCGCCGACGAUAGGGUGAAGGAGGCCGUUGCUAGUGGCAUGUCAGUGCAUGAAGCGUUUAAGACACACCGGGGCAAGCUCUAG